AUGACGAACAUACACACCCUGGGAUUACCAUCCCACGCAGCGUAUAUAAUAUUUAACGAUGGAUCAAAUAAUUGUAGCGCCUAUCAAAUACAAACGAACGACGCGGAGAGUAAAUUGAAAACUGCACUAAAUGGACAUUCCAAUCUUCCAAACGAAGUAGAUAAAAUUUUAAAAGCAUGGUGUUACGCAUACUCGAAGGGAGGGUCUAGAAAUCCCCAUGCUCCAACUUGUCAAUUUUUCUAUCAUUGGUUAGGUGACUUAGUAUGGAAUAAGGGUGGGAAAAAUGGACAAAAAAUAACGGAUUCUACUUCAUUUCAAAACGUUAUGAAAAACAUUUAUGAGCAAUUAGGAAAAAUUAAGCCUCCGCCUGCACAGGAUAGCGGAUGGGGAAUGGGACAGGGUGGAUGUACCAAUCUCUGCACUGGGUGGACAAUUGAAAAAGACCCUUUCACAUGGGCAAAAUUAGUGUCUGACUAUACUUACGACUACACAAAAAUAAAUAAUGAUUUAACAACAAACCGCAGUCUAUACUGCUUAGCAUAUGAACAAUAUCUAAAAGCAGCUACUACAGCUUACACUUCCUUCUGCGAAGGGGUGAGUGAAGGGAGCACAGGGAACCAUUUCCGACAAUCAGUUUGUGGGACAUUUAUAAGGGAGAGAACGGGAAGUAUCGACAAAAAAUAUAAUCCAAAGGAGUUACUGGACCAACACUGUAAAGGAAUUCUUGACAAAAGGACUGAAGAUGUGGAAGUUGCACAAGUGGUAGUUUCAUCAGAGGGUCCUGAAGGAAUUCCUUCCACACCUGGAGGUAGUAGUGCUGCUAUCCCAACCGCGGUUUCCUCUAUUCUGGGAGUAGCAGCAUUACCUACACUUGGUUUCUUUUUAUAUAAAUAUAAUCUUUUGCCUUCUUGGUUUGGUAACCACACUUCUGGAAAUGGAGGAAGAAGGAGCAAUAAUAGGAGCACAAGAAAAAACAGAGCACUUAGACGGAAUUCGGACCUAUUCACAGAAAAUGAUUCUUCUACCGAAUAUGGAACAAUCUAUUCCAUACCAUAUAGAAUGAACAUCUUCUUCCAGAUGAAAAACGAACACAACAACAACAUCUUCUUCUUAGAUGAAUGA